GGUACUCUGGCUUUCUAAUAAGAGGACAUGCAUGUUACUCCUCCCUGUCUUCAGCAGUGGUUUUCAAAAUCAGCAGAAGUUCUUAAAACACAAAUGGGAGUUUUCUUUCUUUGGUCAAAGCUGAUUUUUAUCUUCUAGAUUGUACCUUCCUGGUGAAAAAUAAGCUCAGUGAAAUUAAAAACUUUAUGAAAGUAAGACCAGCUAAGAAAAUCCUCACAAAUGAUGGCUGCAGCUUCAGCUGACUUACUGACCAUUCUUCCACACGAGAAAGCCUCCUGGAGUAACCAAACCCACCUAGCCACAAACGCCUCUGAAAUUCAAAACAAUACCAGCUGUUUCUUAGAAGAUGAUGCGUUGUCAUUUGCUUUAAUACUUUUUUACUCUGUUAUUUUUGUCGUUGGAUUGGCCGGAAAUGUUAUAGCCCUGUUUGCUUUCCUGUGCAUUCACCAGAAGAGGAAUUCCAUCCAAGUUUACUUGCUAAAUGUGGCCAUUGCAGACCUUCUGCUGAUCUUCUGUCUUCCCUUCCGAAUAUUGUACCAUGUUAACAAUAACACCUGGAUGUUUGGACACAUUUUAUGCAAGAUUGUAGGAACUCUAUUUUACAUGAACAUGUACAUUAGCAUAGUACUGUUGGGACUAAUUAGUCUAGAUCGUUAUGUAAAAAUAACUAAGUCUGUGAAGCGUCCUAAAAUGCUAACUGCUACCCAAAGUAUAUAUAUUUGUUGCGCUGUGUGGGCACUUGCACUAACAGGAUUUCUAGUUGUAGUUGCACCAUCCUUCUUUAAGAGUGAGGUCAGCAAUUCUACUAUGUGCUUUCAUUACCGAAAUAAAAAGAAUGCAAUGACAGAAGCAGUUUUAAAUUACAUUAUUGUCAUAAUCUUUUGGACAGUUUUUUUCCUUUUGAUACUUUCAUAUGUUAAAAUUGCCAAGAACCUUCUGAAAAUCUCAAGAAGAAGAUCUAAUUUUCCCAACGCAGGAAAAUAUACCCGGACAGCAAGGAAUUCCUUUAUUGUACUAAUUAUUUUCACCAUCUGUUUUGUUCCAUACCACAUCUUCCGAUUUGUCUACAUUACAUCACAGUUACAAAAUACACCUUGUUAUUGGAAGGGAAUCAUUCACAAAAGCAAUGAGGUGAUGCUCAUAUUUUCAUCUUUUAACAGCUGCUUAGACCCAGUUAUGUAUUUCCUGAUGUCCAGAACUGUCCGUAAGACUGUAUUCCAACUUAUUUGUAGAAGAAUUCAUGGAGAUUCAAGCAUAACUCUGGAAAGUACUUCAGAAAUAAAACUUGGACAAUAUACACAAGAGCGAUUUUCUACUACCACUCCCCACUCAAGUUCUGUUAAGAAGAAGUCUGAUCUGAUUAAGUAAAUGGGUAACAGCUUCUCUCUUCGUCACUCUAGGACAUCAACUCAAGAUGCACCAAAUGCAAUACUGUAUGGCUACUAAUCCUGCCUCAUUCUUCCUGUUAAAAAACGAGAAGUCUUACUUCUGUUUGUGAAAAUGAGAAGUGACUUUUCUGAAGUACUUCAUGCUUGUUUAUCCAAGAAAACAAAACAGGAAAUGUCCUUAAAGUUAUCUCAGACACCUUCUGUGGGACUAAUGUAGAACACUAACUCUUUAAGGAGAUUUCUACAAAGUGGUUUGAGCCUGUAUAGACAUAAAUAUUACCAAUUUGUGUAUGUAAACAGCAGAUAAAUUUUGUAAAAUAAUGUGUCCUAUUCAAAAGAGCUAUACGAAUCAUUAAAGGUUUUAUGUACUUCUCGAUAUUAAUAGGCUUCAAAGAGAUCAGCAUUUUACUGCAUUUACAGAACUGUUUUGCAUGAAAAUACGUCAGAAUUUAGCAACAUAUGUGGCUUAAAUAUGAGGUGAAGAACAUGACUGCCACUAAUUCAAUUAUAGAAGGCACACUUUAUUAAAUAUCAAAGUUAAAAUAUACAAGCUUCCUAAACGCUUUAUUAUAUUUUCAACAUUUUAAUGAAUGUCGAGGCUGAAUACUUGAGGAAAAGUAACAACGGUUAAGAAAAUUAGAAAUUCAUGAAGGAGAGAAAACAUAUCAGAAUUUUCAGUUAGCUAAGAUUUCCUUCAUAUUCUGAUCAACAAAUUUGGUGGCUUCAGCCACCCAGAGUAUUUCAACAAGGAAAAUGCUCACCAAACUGAGCAUAUAGAGCAGAAUAUACAUAUAAUUAUAAAUAAUAUAUAUAUAAAUAUAAAUAAUAUAUAUAGAGAGAGAAAGUAGCUCUCUUACACAUUGGAAGCAUCAGCUUUGACCUUUGCUCAAGGUCAGUCAACUAGUCUACUUACCCAUUUAUGUAUUUAGGCAUAAACUAGAAUUUCAAACUGUAAAGUCAUAUAGAAAAAAAGAGGGCUGAAGGUGGUUGUUAGACACAAAGACACGCAAAGAGGCACCUAUACAGAGAACAAUUUAAAUGUCUAGCAUGGGAGGCCAGAAAGGUGAACAGAUUAGAUACCAGAUGGUAGCUAUACCAGAUGGUAGCUCUACAAAAUAAGGAUCUAUUAUGUCGAACAAGCAAUAUUGCUCAGGUUGAUUUUGAUAUUGAUUUUAAUAUUGAUCAAUAUUUUGAUAUUGAUUUUAAUAUGACUAUCAGUAACUUCUCUGGUGGAUUGUGUGACUUCUUAUACCUAAUCUAUGUCAAAACUUGCAGUUUUUUUACUAAUCCUGUACAAUAUUCUGAUUUUAUAGAAGCUACUCAUAAAACUCUUAUUGAACAAAGAAAACAUAACAAUUCACCUCUCCUAGAUAUAAUUGUGGUUUAAUUUUUAUGUGAUUUUACUUCAGUUUUGGUGUCCUGGUUUUGGCUAGGAUAGAGUUAAUUUUCUUAAAUAAUAGCUGGCAUGGUGCUAUGUUUUGGAUUUAGGAUGAGAAUAAUGCUGAUAACACCCUGAUGUUUCAGCUGUUGCAGAGCAGCAUUUGCACAGAGCCAAGGACUUUUUGGCUUCUCACGCUGCCCUGCCAGCGAGGAGGCUGGGGGUGCCCAAGGAACUGGGAGGAGACACAGCGGGGACAGCUAGCCCAAACUGGCCGGAGGGAUGUCCCACCCCAUGUGGCAUCAUGUUGAACAAUAAAACGGUGGGAAAAGAAGGAGAAGAGGGGAUGUUUGGAGCGAUGGCAUUUGUCUUCCAAGAAACAGCUGCACACGAUAAGCCUUGCUUUCCUGGAAGUGGCUAAACAUCGGCCUGCCAAUGGGAAGCAGUGAAUGAAUCCUUUGCUUUGGUUUGCUUGUGCAGCUUUUUUUGCCCAGUUAAACUGUCUAUAUCUCAACCCACAAGUUCUUGCUCUUUUACCUUCCCAGUUCUCUCCCCCAGCCUGCUGCGGGGGAGUGUGUAAGUGGUUAUGUGGGGCUAAGCUGCCUGCUGGGUGAAACCACAACAUUUGGUUCAAGUGGAUGUAAACAGGUUAACUCAAGUACAAUGACUAGAUCGUGUGUUUUAUUUUAUAUAUACACAUAUAUAUAUAUUUACAAAAAAAAGGGCAGGGUUU